UCCCUUUAUCUCCUAGUUUUCCCUCUUAGAUCUCUCCUUUUUCUUUUUCAUAGAAUAUAAACAAAGAGUUGUUGAUGAGUGAAUUCUACAUGGAGAACUGGGAUUUGCGAGCGGUAGUUGGAGGAAGCAGCAAUGGUGCCUGCAUCCCCGAUAUGGAAAACCCACCAUUCUGUUUUGAUCCUUGGAGUUUUCAACAGGAAGAUCUAAUUAUGAGUUUCCCAGAUGUUUUUGAAACGAACCCUAAAGUUUUAGAUGAGUUGGAGGAACUUUACAAGCCUUUCUAUCCCGAGUUCAAUCCGUUUUCCACACAAACCAUUAUUACCAGUUCCCUCCCAGUCCCUCAAGAUGAGGAGAAACCAGAAAGCCAAAAGAAGCAGCAGCCUGUUUCUCAGUCUGCUGUUUCUGGUACAAAUAAAGAUUCUACUCAAACAGCCAAACCUAAAAGAUCCAGCCGGAAGAAUCAGCAAAAUAGAGUGGUGAAGCACGUAACUGCUGAUGGUCUUUCGUCAGAUAUAUGGGCUUGGCGAAAAUAUGGACAGAAACCCAUCAAAGGGUCACCAUAUCCAAGGAGCUAUUAUAGGUGCAGCAGCUCAAAAGGAUGUUUGGCGAGAAAGCAAGUAGAGCGUAGCUGUUCGGAUCCUCGAAUCUUUAUCAUAACCUACACCGCUGAGCACAGCCAUGGCCAUCCAACUCGCCGAAGCUCGCUUGCAGGAAGCACUCGCAGCAAGUCAUCUUCAACAUCUAAAAGUCUUGUCAACAAUAAUGAACCCCGUGAGGCAGCAGAAACGGUUCUUUCUCCAACAACCAUGAAAGAUGAGUCUGUGCAACAAGAUUGGAGUAUGAAGGUGGAGGAACAAAUGCUUGAAGAUGGUCAUGGGGACAAAAUUCUCACCCCAGACAUAAUGUUGAGUGACGAAUUAGAUCAAAGCUUAGACAACUUUGAAGGUCUCUUUCUAGACCAAUUUCCCGAUUGGUCUCAUGAACUAUGGUCCAUGAAUGAAUCUGCAACCUUAACUGGUGGUUGCUGGACUUAGUCUUUAGCCUCUUAUGUACUUAGCUAGGCCAGGCACAAGCCGUGUAUAAACCGAAAUUGCAGUUCUCCAUCGGUUUUGUU